GAUUUAUAAACCGCUGGCAGACCUCAGGCAACGCCAUUGAAGGCUGUCACCGCACAGUGUGGAGUCAGCCGACGAGUAACACUGCAGCCUCUCUCCGUCAUCGGAUCACAGCCGCUCAGCAUGCGCUCCCUCGCUGCCGGUCUGCUGGUCCUGCUCCUUUCCCAGGAUGCUUGGUGCGCUCGGCAGGCUAGCCUCGCAACAGGUGGCGCCUACCCGCUGCCCUUCACGAAGGUCGGUGACGAAUGCUUUUACUUGAGUGAUGUCAAGAAAAACUGGAACGAAGCCCGAAGACGGUGCCAGGGCCUGGGCGGAGACCUCGCUGUGCCCUCCGACGUGCCUGCCCUCGACGCCUUCGUGUUCGGCAAAGUGGAGGGCCCCGGGGUGUGGAUAGGCGGCACCGACCAGUACAACGAAGGCGUGUGGAACUACAUCAACGGAGACCCAAUCAAGGCCCAGGACUGGUCUGAGACACAGCCUGAUGAUUAUGGCGGCAGAGAAGACUGCCUGGAGAUCCGAAGUUACUUUGAGCCUCCGGUGAACGAUUACAUUUGCUCCGUGGAACAGCACUUCGUCUGCGAGAUUGAAAUCUCGUGUCCCAAACCUUUCAUCAGGAUAGGAAUGGAAUGCUUCUAUCUGAGCACGACGGCCCUGUCAUGGAACGCGGCCCGUCAGCAGUGCCAGCAAAUGGGCGGCGACCUGGCUGUGCCCUCUGACGUCAUGGCGCUUGACACCUACGUCUUCGCUAAUACAAAGGGCCCCGGGGUGUGGAUAGGUGGCACCGACCAGUACAACGAAGGCGUGUGGAACUACAUCAACGGAGACCCAAUCAAGGCCCAGGACUGGUCUGAGACACAGCCUGAUGAUUAUGGCGGCGGAGAAGACUGCCUGGAAAUCCGAAGUUACUUUGAUCCUCCGGUUAACGAUUACAUUUGCUCCGUGGAACAGCACUUCGUCUGCGAGAUUGGAACAGUUCCUGAAAUCAAGUGUCCCAAACCUUUCAUCAGGAUUGGAAAAGAGUGUUUCCAUUUGAGCACAACAGCCCUGUCAUGGAACGCGGCCCGUCGGCAGUGCAAGCUAAUGGGCAGUGACUUGGCUGUGCCAUCUGACGUCAUAACUCUUGACGCUUACGUCUUCGCUAAGACAAAGGGCCCCGGGGUGUGGAUUGGCGGCACCGACCAGUACAACGAAGGCGUGUGGAACUACAUCAACGGAGACCCAAUCAAGGCCCAGGACUGGUCUGAGACACAGCCUGAUGAUUAUGGCGGCAGAGAAGACUGCCUGGAAAUCCGAAGUUACUUUGAUCCUCCGGUGAACGAUUACAUUUGCUCGGUGAAACAGCACUUCGUCUGCGAGAUUCAGGUUUGAGGGUCCGCAAGAAGAAGAAAUGUUGGGUGGAUCUUAUCUACGACCACAGCGUUUAUUGGAAGUCUAUUCAGUUUCUUAAUCUUACUUCAACUAGUUCUUUGAGGAACACGAUAAGCAAUAUCGCAAUAAAUUUAUUCAGAGAAAGAAAAAAAAUCGUUACAUUGCAUUCGGACCAAGUGUAGGCCUACCUAGGGACAACUUCCUUUCGUAUAUUUUAAUUCGAUAUUUUAAUCUUGGGUACGAUUUCAGGAAAAUGACAAGAGGUAAAGUAAGUACAAAAAUGUGCCAACUCCGUUCUUUUACUUAAAAUGACUGACAAAUUAAUGAUAAAUAAUCUGUUGCUGACAAAAAUGCAUUGAGAGAACGGAACAGAUGCAGAAGUUUGUUAGUGAAACAAGAACAAAAUAACCGACUUUUAUUCUCUAAUCAAACAUGCUGCCACCCUCGGGUUAAUUUCGUACGAGUAUUUUUUUGUACUAACCAAUCCACAUUUAACAAUUACCCCAGGAAAAGCAAAUACAGAUGCCUCUCCUACUCUGUUCUAAUUUUCCUUAACCCAAACACGACAAGAACCCCGGUGCCAUGUGGAACGAGGAAAACAUCGUAAGCGGCGGAAAUAUCCAAUUAGCGUGCACUUCACCAGGACGUCAUCCCGGCGUAUUGCGGGGAGAGGCGGUCUAACAUGACAUUGAUUGUGUAGUGACUUAUUUUAAGGGAGAGUUAGCCCAUCAUUGGCGUCGUCCUCUAGGUUUCAAGCUUAUCCACGUUUCUCCGCCAUUUUCUUUAAACGAUCUCUUUCUUUUAUUUUGAAACGUUUUAGAAAAUAUAAUAAUAAGCAAGCUUAAUUUAGCUCUGUCUUUUGCUCUAUUGUAUAGUAUUUGCAUUUUAUUUACCACCGUUUUCUUUUAAAUAUCAAUUUAUCGUAUAUAUUAUCACUUGAGAUUUUUUUUUUUUUUUUUUUUUUUCAAUGUUGUAAGGUCCAGAGAACCAAAACAUGUUUUUAAGGACAUUGGGAUAAUUUUUAUAACGAACAAAAGAUUCGGCAAUCGCGCUGGUUUAUAUUGGGAAAAUCGCCCUUAAGGAAAUGUGACAAUAAGGAUUAAGGCACUGUAGAAUUAAUAAGCAUAUAUAUAUAUAUAUAUAUAUAUAUAUAUAUAUAUAUAUUACGCUAGAUUUAUUUGGAAUGUAGAAAUGCAUACUACACACAUGUGUAAUAAUUCAACUGAAGUCCUUUUAUUAUGGAAAUAUAAGUUUAUAUAAGUUGUUUAGAAUUGAGACAAUAUAUCUAAAAUAAAAUGGUUGUGCUUU